AUGGCGGCGCAUGAUGAUCUUGAGGAUCUGGUCAGAUACUAUGCCCUUGAGAUCAGUGCUGCCUUCAACCUCGGCAACGGCCCAGUUGAAACGCCUUGCAGCCAUCAUAUUCUACCCAUGACCAGGGCUAUCCCCUCUAUGAGAUGUGUAGUAGCGGCAACAGCGGCAUGUCACCUCGCCAACCGGUUCGCAGACGACCGGUUGCAUAGACGAAGCCUCCACUUACGGCUCAAAGCAACGGAACUAUUGCGAGCAGAGCUUGAAAGCGGCCCAGACGGGCCAGAUCUGGCUCGUCUGCUUUGCAUGUUACUGCUCGCGCAGCUUGAUGUAUGCUCAGGAGACUGCGUCGAAUUCACAACACACCUCAAAGCCGCGCGUACAUUUAUAAGACUAUAUGACACUAAAGACACAGAGCGAAGUUUCAUUGAACAGCGCCUAGCGUGGCUUGACAUUAUGGAAGCGACCACAAACCCGAGAAUGCCACAUUUGGCCACCGAAGAUAUCAAGCGCAUACUGAACAAGUUCAGAACGCCGUCAGGAGAAAGAUUGUGGGGACUGGACGUGUUCCACUGCCCGAUUGAUCUCUUCGAACACCUCGCCGACGUUGUGGUACUAUAUGAAUCCCAACCUAAAUACCAAGAAACGUCUCAAAACACCGUCCGCAGAGCCACAGGUAUCGGCAAUGCUGUCAAGGACUGGGCUGCGUCUGCCGACUCUGAAUACCGCCGUCACCUGAACGAGGUAUGGAGGAUCGGCAUUUUACUGUACUUGGUUCGAAUUUUCCGACUGCCCGAUGAUAUUUUCGAUACGGCAAGCCUGAGCGAUAGCAUCUUUCUUCAUGCACGUUCUAUUCCUUCCAAAUCAAGCUGGAGGUAUUCGACAUCUUGGCCUUUGUUCCAGGCUGGCUUGUUGCUACUCCGCGAGGAUAGCCACACCAAGACCUGGCUACGAAAUGAACUGUAUGAGAACUUCAGUACCCUUGGCUGUUUCCACCAGAAGCUUGCCGUAGAUGCCUUAGAACAGGCAUGGCAGUCAGGCAAGGAUUCGUUCUUUGGUCCGCUUAACACCAACCUUGGCAUGCGCAAACUAAUAUUAUAUUGA